UACCCUGGUGGCGGUUACCCCGGUGGUGGAUAUGGAGGAAACCGUGGAGGAUGCCCUGGUGGCGGUUCCCCCGGUGGUGGAUACGGAGGAAACCGUGGAGGUCGUGGUGGCGGAGGAGGCUACUGCCGCUAUGGCUGCUGUGGCCAGAGCUAUUACCGAGGGGGUUGCCGGUGCUGUACAUAUGCAGGUGAGGCAGUGGGUGCUGAACCUGAAGCAAAGCCUCACAACUAAAUCCCACCUCAGAAAUGCUGUGUUCUCUUAAAAGUUGUUGUAUCUUACGUAUGAACAGGAGGCUGAGUGAUGUACAGUGUAAAUUGUAAUCUAUAUUUACUUGUAUUUUCAAUACUCAAUUUCCAGCAGCUUCAGUUGAAGGGAAU